AUGGAGGUCGCUUCAUCAGCACAAGCCGGCCCAUCAAAUCAGCAAUCAGAUCCAUCAAGACCACGUCAACGAAGACGACCAGGCCGUGGUCGAGGCAAUGCACGGGGUGGCGAGAACUCUGCCUUGAGUUUCCGACCUGCAAGCAUUGCUCCGCAGGCGAAUGCCUCUACAGCUGCUCCUACGCACAACGAUGAUGGUCAGCGGAGUCAACGAGGACGAGGACGGGGGAGAGGUGGCGUGCGGGCACGUGGUGGCAGGCCGGCAGUCGAGAGCAGGAGGAACGUGAAUGGCCGGACGUUUGGAGGCCAACUGACCAGGGAGGAGACGAACGCUUCAGAUGCGUCCCAAGGACCCGCCAAUCUGCAGGCCAGUGCACCAGUCUUCGUACCGGGACAGCAGCAUGCCCACAAUGUCACACAACCACAGCCAGUACAGAGACAAGUCCGGCAGCCACGUCAGCCAAAACGACGAAUGUCGAAAUCGCAAGCUCCCGACAUCGCCACACGCACCCACGAAGACAUUGACAAUGCUCAUUACGAAUGUGCUAUCUGCACAAGCGAAGUUCGUCGGAACUCGAAAGUCUGGUCAUGUCAUACAUGUUGGACGGUAUUCCACAUGACAUGUAUCAAGAAGUGGUCUUCGACUGCGGGAGCUGCAUUUGAGCGUGCGCAGGAUGGAGAGGUCUCGCAAUUGCGACAAUGGCGAUGUCCUGGUUGCAACUUACCAAAGGAUGAUCUUCCUAGCUCUUACACCUGUUGGUGCGCGAAGGAGUCAGAUCCAAAGUCGCUUGCUGGCAUACCACCCCAUUCCUGUGGCCAGACUUGCGGAAAGGACAGGGCUCGGAAAUGUCCACAUCCCUGCCAGCUGACCUGCCACGCUGGACCAUGCCCUCCUUGCACACACAUGGGACCAAUGCAGUCUUGCUUCUGUGGCAAGCACGAGUCAACCAAACGAUGCUUUGAGACCGUUUAUACUUCUGGCUUCAGCUGUGGUGAGGUCUGUGGUAGUCUGAUGCCUUGUGGCGAGCACCGCUGCGAGCGUCCGUGCCAUGGAGGAGAAUGCGGCGCUUGUGAUGUCAGGUUACCUGCACGAUGCUACUGUGGGCAGAUGGAGAAAGAUGUGCUUUGCAGCGAUCGAGGAGAACCCAAAGACAGCCGGCGCAAUCAUCAUGUCGAUGAAGACGAAGUGGUUACAGAAAGCUGGACUGGAGUCUUCAACUGCGGCAGCACCUGCAACCGCGCAUUCGACUGUGGUGUACACCGCCGUGAGCAGAUUUGUCACCCACAAGUGGCGGAUGGUAGCCAUUGCCCACGCUCGCCAGAUCUUGUCACUCACUGUUCCUGUGGAAAGACGCCACUCGCAGACUUGACUAGCGAAGCGCGAACAUCCUGCUUGGACUCGAUUCCAAGCUGCGACAAGCCAUGUGGCAAGCUUCUUCUCUGCGGCCACAGCUGUCCGGAGGUAUGUCAUACUGGCAAUUGUCCAUCGUGCUUGCAGACCAUCACAAUCAACUGCCGCUGCGGCAGGACUACAUCGAAGACCAUCUGUCAUCAAGGCAUAGAGGAGCCACCACAAUGCAUGCGUGUCUGUCGCGCAAACCUCAACUGCGGACGUCAUGCUUGCGAAGAACGUUGUUGCGCAGGCGAGAGCAGAGCCAUCGCGCGACAAGCGAGCAGAAAGAAGUCCCGCCCAUUAAACUCAGCAUCUCGCUCUGCAGACGAUGGCUUUGAGGCAGAGCACAUCUGCACACGUCAAUGUAGCAGACUGCUCAAGUGCGGAAAUCACGAGUGCGAAGAGCUUUGCCACAAAGGCCCAUGCGGCAGUUGUCGAGAGGCUAUAUUCGAAGAGAUCGCUUGCCAUUGUGGACGAACAGUGCUCCAGCCACCACUUCCAUGCGGCACCAAACCGCCUCCUUGCAGGCUCCCUUGUGAACGACCAAAGGCUUGUGGUCAUCCCCAGGUCGGUCAUACUUGUCACUUGGACGAUGCGCCAUGCCCGAAGUGCCCAUUUCUCGUAGAGAAGCGUUGCAUGUGUGGCAAGAAAGCUUUGAAGAAUCAACAAUGCUGGCUACGCGACGUCGGCUGCGGCGAGAUUUGCGGAAAGAAGCUCAAAUGCGGCGUUCAUUCAUGCCGGAAAAUCUGUCACCGUGCGGGCGGAUGUGAAGACGCGAAUGGUGAGGCAUGCCAACAGCAAUGCGGGAAAGAGAAGAAGAUCUGUGGUCACCCAGACGAGGCACCAUGCCACGCUCCCUUUUCUUGCAAAGAGGACAAGCCUUGCUCGAGCAAGAUCUUCAUUACGUGUACUUGUCAAGCUCAGAAGCAGGAGAUUCGCUGUGGUGCUUCGAAGUCGAGUGAUGGCAACGGAGGCAAGUCUCUGCCCUGCAACGAAGAAUGCGCUCGCCUGGAACGUAAUCGAAAACUGGCAAUCGCUCUCAACAUUGAUCAGGCGACACACGUCGAAGGAGCCGACCAUGUGCCAUACUCUACGGAGACACUCAACCUGUUCGCGCAGCACCCAAAGUGGUGUCAGACACAGGAACGCGAGUUCCGUGUCUUCGCAUCCGAAGAGGAUGAGAAGCGACUUCGAUUCAAGCCGAUGCAGUCCCAGCAACGAGCGUUCGUGCACGCGCUCGCCGAGGACUUUGGGCUUGAUUCCGAAAGUGUUGAUCCCGAGCCGCACCGCCAUGUCAUGAUCUGGAAGACGCCACGCUUUGUCUCCGCGCCCAACAAGACUCUAGCAGACGCUUUGCGCAUCCGUCAACAAGCCCAGCGAUCAGCAAACGUCAGCGCCAACGUGUCGGACAACGAGGCAAAUCCUGUGAAGAUCAAGGCGAAGUCUUUUGAGCCCUUCAACAGCUUCCGCAUCACCAAGCCACGCUUCGGACUUACCAUCGAUGAAGUGCGGGCGGAGGUCAGCACCAUCUUACACCCAAGCACGCCGUUCACGUUCGACAUCGAAUUCUUGCCAAGUGAGGAUGUCAUCCUCAAAGCUGUCAGCAGGAUCCUGCCAGCACAAGAGCUGGAGAAGAUGCUGGACAACCUGACGAUGCCACUAGGAACGGCUAUCGCUGCUCAGAACCUCGGCACAGUGCAACUGUGCACCACAGACAGCUCGCUCAACAUCACCAGAUACGAGUCCGAUGGUGCCACCGGCGAUGGCUGGUCAAGAGUGGCAGCUAAGAAGUCCGCUGCAAAGAUGAGCCUACCAAGUAACCGCUUCGGCGGCAUAAACGCUUUUGCAGCUCUGAGCGGCGCUGGUGGAAAGGUCACAUUUGCGAAGAAGAAGGCAGAGAAGGUUUUGAAGCCCAAGCCAUUGCCGGUGGCUGAGGACUGGGAGGCAGCCGAGCUUGCUGAGGAGGAGAGGGAGAGGGUGGCCAGUGCUAGUGAGGACGAAGGUGGCGUGCAGACGAGCGCACCAAGUGCAGCGACUGACAACGAGAGCAUGACUGCGGUGGCGGGAUCGGUGGGAGAGCCAGAUCCUGCAGUGCCGACAGAGCGUUUGGACUGGGCUGCUCAGGUAGAGUCGGCAUUGUAG